GAGAAGAAAGAAGGGAGAAGGGAGAAGGGAGAAGAAUGAGAGAAAUUGUGAUUAACGAUGACUGGGCAAACCUGGUAUCUGUCUGUUCCUCGGCAGUCCACGUUUGGGUUGAAAGGGAGACACAACAGCGUAUUCUCGGAUCCACGGUGAAGGAAGAUGAAGCGGACGGCAAUCGUAGCAGCAUGUACCUUGAGCCAAUUUGCCAUGGAUUUCCAAGGCAAUUUGGACCGUAUUGUCGAGUCGAUUGAACGAGCCAAGGCAGCGGGAGCGAGGUAUAGGUGCGGCCCCGAGAUGGAUAUAACGGGCUACAGCUGCGGUGACCACUACCACGAGAGCGACACGCACCUGCAUGCCUGGCAGGUGUUGGCGCAGCUGCUCCAACACCCCGCCUGCGCAGAUAUUAUAGUUGAUGUUGGCUUGCCUGUCGUGCACAAAGAUGUCGUCUAUAAUUGCAAGCUUAUUUUUCUCAAUAGGUGA